AUGAGUGACGCUGUUACUAUCAGAACCAGAAAGGUUAUUUCCAACCCAUUAUUGGCUAGAAGACAAUUCGUCAUUGACGUCUUACACCCAAACAGAGCUAACGUCUCAAAGGAUGAACUCCGUGAAAAGUUAGCUGAAAUCUACAAGGCUGAAAAGGACGCUGUCUCAGUUUUCGGUUUCAGAACUCAAUUCGGUGGUGGUAAGUCUACCGGUUUCGGAUUAAUCUACCAAUCCGUUGCUGAUGCCAAGAAGUUCGAACCAGCCUACAGAUUAGUUAGAUACGGUUUAGCUGAAAAGGUUGACAAGGCUUCCAGACAACAAAGAAAACAAAAGAAGAACAGAGACAAGAAGAUCUUUGGUACCCAAAAGAGAGCUGCUAAGAGAGCUGCUAAGAGAAACGCUGAUUAG